AUGGCGUCCCUUGCCUAUGCAGAUGCGAUGAGAGAUCUCAAGUUCAAUUCCUGUCUGGAAACCAUUUCAGAGAACUCAGAGUUGUGCUUGAGCACAGACUGCAGCGAUGUUUCGGGCGAGAGUCCAAAAAGCUUCGAUGCUCCCGAAGCCCUUCUGUUCUUCGAUUGGGAUGACACGCUGCUUCCAACCAGCUGGAUUUCUCGGCAGGGUUGGUUGAACGAGGAUGGUGGUUUAGAUUCCGUCGAUGAAGUCAGCUUGACUCGAGAGCAGCAGGUCUUGCUACAAGAGCUGGAGGUCAAAGUUGAACAGACUUUACUGACGGCCAUGGCGUAUGGCAGGGUCGUUAUUGUGACGAAUGCGUUGGAGGGAUGGGUGGAGACAAGCUGUGCAGCUUUCCUUCCAGGUUUGCGUCCGCUCCUGGAUGAAUUAGAUAUUGUUUCUGCCCGUUCCACUUAUGAGAGCCUCGGAGAUGCUUCCCCUACGGCUUGGAAGCGGCGAGCCUUUGCAGAUGUGAUCAUCGCCGCCAGUGACGAGAUGGAAGACAGCAGGCCGAACAUAGUGUGCGUCGGCGACUCGAUGUAUGAGCACGCUGCACUUUCUGCUGCUGUGCGGGGUAUGCCCAGCUGCCGUAGCAAGUCCUUGAAGCUACUGGAGCACCCCUGCAUUCGGCAGCUCAUCGAAGAGCAUGACCUGCUGUUGCAAAAUUUCGAUCAGGCGGUGGCACACGAGGAUCAUUUGGAACUCGAAGUGUCUCCGGAGAUGCUCUAA